AAGAAUUAUGUCCACAUGAGCACCGCCCUCGUCCACCAUUUGCAGACCAACUCUUCUUUGAAGACAGCAGCUGCUACUGCAACAAACAGCCGCCUGAUCAAAGGGAAGAAAGAAAAGCCAUUCACUGAUCUCUCCACUCUCAAUUGGGUAUUCUCCACCGCACACCUCCACCAUCCUCACCCUCCUCUCCUCUCUCCUCUCUCUCUCUCUCUCUCUCUCUCUACAAUUUUAUUACAUAAUUCCAGGCGGCGCCUCCGCGCUCAGCCACUCACCAUGAGCGGUGCCGCUGCACCUCCAGAUACUAAUCAUCGCCUCCCCCAAGGCCAACCCUGCUGCAAUUCCACUAACCCUAACCCUAACCCUACCAAUGACCCCCCAAUACCCACCCACCCAACCACCAGCAGCGACAGCGGCGGAAGCACCACCACCAAUAAAACCACCAAGCGCGGCCGCGGCAAGGGCGGCCCUGACAACUCCAAGUUCCGAUACCGCGGCGUCCGCCAGCGGAGCUGGGGAAAAUGGGUCGCCGAGAUCCGGGAGCCGCGUAAGCGCACGCGCCGCUGGCUCGGCACCUUCGCCACCGCCGAGGACGCCGCCCGAGCCUACGACCGCGCCGCCAUUAUGCUAUACGGCUCCAGAGCUCAGCUCAAUCUCCAGCCAUCCGGAGGCGGCGGGACCGCCUCCGGCGGACCCGACUCCGGCGGCGGUUCAUCCCACUCGUCCCGGUCGAACUCCUCCUCCUCCUCGACCCAAACUCUCCGGCCGAUUCUCCCCCGACCGGCUGGUUUUGGGCUCACGUUUUCUUCCCCGACGCCCCACCAACUCCCGCUCGCUUCGGGGAGCAGUACUUUCGUGCAGUACGGGUUGUACCCUACCGUACAAUACAACCCUAAUUUAAUACCUCAUCAAUUGCCGGCGGCUCAGCAGAUGGGUAUGGCGCAGCAGCAAUUCAGCGCCGACCCCACCAUCAAACAGCCACCGUCGGAUCCUCCCGCAUCUUAUCCGAACCCUAAUUGCAAUGAUUACGACAGCCACCAGCAACAACAAAAUUUGCAACAAUUGCACCCUACUGUCGUGUACGAUGAUUUCAGUUCUCUCGUCGAUUCUGUCGGGUCGAGUUUUUCCAUCGCAUCCACAGAACCACUUCCCCCGCCGCCGCCGCCGCCGCCACCGCCGCCGCCAAUCUCCGAUCCCUCCGCAGUUUUCAACGGCUACGUCACCUCGCCGUCGUGGCCGUUGGCAGGAGAAGAUGAAUACCCUCCGACGAGCAUCUGGGAUUAUGAUGAUCCGUUGUUUUUCGACAGCAUCUAAUCGGAUUGAAAUUAGGGUUUCUACCAAAGUUUGCCCUAAUUGCAUAAUAUAUAUAUAUAUAUAUUUAUAUUAUUGCUGCGAUCCUUUUGAAGUUUAAUUUCUUGGGAGGAUUUGCUUCAGAUAUUCUUGCACACAAGAGUUGAAUGAUUUCGGACAAUGGUGGGUAUGAAGUUGGAGAAGAUGAUCCUAUGGAGGAGAUCAAUAUAUAUAUAUAUAUACAGGAUAAUUCAAGAGGUAUUUAUUAUACGUCUUAUACUAAUUUGAUUAGAUUUUAUGUGGGUUGUAUUUUUUGUUUAUGAUCAAUCGAUCGAGCAUGCAGGGCAGUUUUUUUUUUUUUUUUUUUAAAUAAGUGUUUUUUAUAUUAAUUAAGGUUGAAAUUAUAUACUGUUUACAAACAAUUAAGGUUAAUUCUGUGUAUAUAUAUUGUUGCAUUUCUCUUGUUUCCAAUUAAUUUAUGUUAUAAAUUUUUAAAUGUUUCAUCA